AUAUGAGCUUGUGAAAUAACCCUCUCACACACACACACCUGCAACACCAGUGUGGGUCUGGAACAGAGGAAUAGGGAUUAACUUGACAUUGGUCUGUCACAUCACAUCUUUCCUGUUUGUUGGAAGGUAAGAAGAUGGCUGUGGAUAAGCAUAUCAAGAAGUCGCUCUUCCUCUUCAUUCUACUGUUCUGGAUCGGUGGCUGCGCAAUUCUUGGUGUCUCCAUCUACCUCAAAAUAAUGGAUGAGGCAGUGCCGUUUGUAGACCUGCUGAUAGCUGUUGGCGUCAUCAUCAUGGUACUGGGCUUCCUGGGCUGCUGUGGAGCCAUUAAGGAAAACCGAUGCAUGCUCAUUCUGUUCUUCAUCGGACUGCUCCACAUGUUCAUCCUCCUGUUCAUCGUCGGAAUCCUGGGAGCUGUCGGAGAGAAGAACGUAAGGAGGAAACCCUCACUGAUUGAAUCAGCGUUGUUUCCACAUGUCAAUGAAAUUACGUUGAACCAACGCCUUUAGUGAGAGGUCUAAUGCUUUAAUAUUUAAUCAUUUCUGCCAUCCAAAUUCAUAUUUGUUAUAUAAAGAGGCCCUUUUCAUUUU